AUGACUCUUCUAAGCUACGUUCCUAAAAAGAAUCGAGCUGUUAUAUUAGCAUCAAGUAUGCAUCACACUGCUCAAUACAAUGAAGAUAAGAAAAAGCCAGAAAUUAUUUUGUACUACAACAGUACAAAAUGUGGAGUAGAUCUUCUCGACAUGAAAUGUGCAAUAUACUCUUCAAGCCGUAGAACCAGGCGUUGGCCUCUUGCUGUCUUCUACAGGCUUGUGAGCAUAGGAACUAUAAAUUCAUUUGUGAUGUACAUGAGUUUCAAGGACAUACCCGAUAUGACACGCUUUGACUUCAUAAAAGCUUUGGGCUACCAACUCAUUGCCCCUCAUGUACAAGCAAGAUUGAUGAACACCAACCGUUCCACGAGAACUACGGGCGAACAUAGAGAAGACCAUGGGUGA